GUUUAAGCUGAGCUGGCUGUACAGGCUGUUUGGGUGUUCAGGCUGAUCCCGUCGACGACUUUCUCAGAAGAUUUCCGCAUACCUAGUGGAAAGCACGUCACGUUAGUCUGCUGCCCACACUUCCCAAUCGGCCCAGUUCAACUUUCCAACAAGAGAGGAGGUUCAACUCCGUCAGGUCGACGCCAUGGACCCCGCAGGUCAAGAUAUCAACCUGAACUCUCCUAACAAGGGUCUGGGAGUGGAUCGCUCAGAAAGCCUGUCCGAUGUGCCCGUUGAAGGGGCGGUGGGGAACUCUGCCAACCCUCUUCCACCCGGUCUGACAGAGGAAGAGGCUGAGGAGCUCCGCACCGAGCUCACAAAGGUAGAGGAGGAGAUCAACACCCUACGCCUGGUUUUGUCGGCCAAAGAGAGACACGCCGCAGAGCUGAAGAGGAAGCUCGGCCUCAAUCCGCUCAACGAACUCAAGCAGAACCUCACCAAGAGCUGGCAAGAAGUUCAGACCUCUAACGCCUAUGUGAGAACCACUGAGAAACUGGGCGAGUGGAAUGAGAGAGUUACCCAUUCGGAUCUAUAUCUGUCUGCCUCAGCCACUUUGGAUGACAUUACCCACUCUGAAGCAUACAAGAAGACUCAGGAGACUCUUUCCCAGGCAGGACAGAAGACCAGUGCAGCUCUCUCCACGAUGGGCACAGCCAUCUCCAGGAAACUUGGCGACGUGAGAGCUCUGCCUUUCUCUAAUUCCUUUAGUAGCAACUAUUCCAUUCGCCACUCGAUAAGUAUGCCGGCCAUGAGGAACUCUGCAACCUUCAAGUCAUUUGAGGAUAGAAUGGGCAACCUGAAGUAUAAGGUUGUUGGCCCCAGAGGGAAUGGGGAGGCCGUCACCACCCCCACCGACACCACCCCCACUCAGGAGAACCCACCUUUCUGAAUGCAUCCCACCACCACCUCCUCCUCCACCUCCUCCUCCUCGCUGCCACCUUCCUCACGACCUUAGACUGUACUGUUCACUCAUCGCGGAGUCAACCCACACCUUUGACCACCCACCUCAGCGACCUGUCACCGCCCUAAUGCCCUGAGGUCUGUAAAGGAUGGCUGAUGGAGGCGAAGGACUCCCGCCAGCCCCUCACUGCUGGUCCCAUGGCCUCCAUUCUUCUGCCUCGCUGUUAAGAAAAAUGUUUAGUUGAUGUCUAAACCUGAAUCAUUUACACACCACCACUGCCUGCCUUCACAUCCUCCUAAUUAGAUCUCACCACUUUAUUAGUCAUUUCGCCAGUGUUAGGAAAUCAGCUGGCUAAAGAAAAGGCUCUAGAAGAUGUCAGCAUUUGAAAACAAACUUCUUAUUUUGAUCAUACAUGAAAUUACAAUAUUUUUUUUGCUCCAGACUCAGGGGCUACAAUUUCUGGACUCUGACAGUGAAGGAGGAAUUUAUGGGCAUAAGCCAAAUUGUGGUUUAUAUUCUAGUUAAACCUGCUAUUUCUGUCUUCUUGUUUCCGACUACUGUCUUCUACUCAAGUGAUGCAUCACACUGUGAGCUCACGUCUCCACAGUACCCGCUCCUUUCUCUCCUACUUGUAUCCAGUCUGCUUCACAGCUCUACAGUCACAGCAGAGUGAACGCAGACUACGCUCAAGUCUAGAGGUUAGUGGUUUGAGUGGGGGGCAAGACCCAGGACAUGUUAACCCUCCUAGGCCUACUACUGCUACAUGCAUGUGCAUAUCUCAUCUCAGUUAUACCAUACAAAUCGUGCAAAGACGACCGAGGUCUCGUGUAACACCCUAAAAACACCCCAGGAUGUAAAAACAGAAAAAAACGUAAACCAUUUUGUAUUAUAAACUAUUUUACACUGCUUUGCAUAAUGUUUUUACAUAACUUUUAUCAAUAUGUAUAAAUAAAUAUGAAUAAAUAUAUGGUCACUGAUGCUGCCGGGUGGUAGUGAUCACGACGGGAGGAUUUAAAAAAAUAAAUAAAUAAAAAAUAAGCAGGGGGAGGCUGAACAAACAUAAACAGGGAAAACUAAAACACUAUGGGUUCGUUUCACAGAUAUGACUUCGUCUGUCAGGAGGAACUGUUUUUUUUUUUUUUUUGGGUUAUAAAAAUGUUUCAUGUUUGUGAAACUGACUCAUCGAUGAGCUGCAGUCGUUUACUAAUCCGAACGAGUCGAGGAAGAAUGCAGUCAGGACUGGUUUCAUUUGAGCUCGGGUUCCCUGCUGCUGCAGCUUCGUCUGCAUUUGCAAGUCAAACUAAAACCGAGCUCCUCUCAAGGCUCGAACGCUUUGAAACCACUCUGACUGUGCGUCUUCUUCACCCCAGUUUGACUGCUCUUCCCUUCCUGUUUCUUAACACGCAACGUGAGACAAUGCUUUGCUGUGUACACUACCUGGUGAAUGUCAACGCUUCUCUAUGGGCCUUACUCACUUUACAUGGUUCUCCUGUUAUUAUGAAUUAGCCAGUAGAUUUCUUUUUCUUCACCCUUUCUUUAUCUUAUUUAGUUGUACCGAUUGGUUUGGUUGAAGGAAGGGGAGUUAGCAUGAUCAUAUUUAGAGUCUGAGCGGCUGCAAAAAUGUGUCAUAGAAAACAUCGUAGUCUUUGCCAACGACCCCUUAAUGCAAAUAAAUACACUCCUGUUGAUGCACGUUAAAUGCUACUUAUCACGCACACACACGCUGCAUGACGCCACACACCAUUAAUGCAAAAUGUUACUGUUGUGAACCUAUACAAACCUCUGAAGCUGUGACAGAUGAUCGGGCACCAUCGCUUUUCUACUGAACACGAAAACUAACAAAUGUGUUUUCCAGUUGUUAGUGAAAUUUUGCAACAAAAUAAGUGUCCUACUCCCAAAUAUUCACCCGAACCUUGUGAUUAAUUGCCAAAUACUGCUUAAAACAUUGGCCAACUUGAGACAGUUUUCAUGAGCACUGUUGCCAUUUUGCAAAAUGUUCUGUACACAUGUUUCUCUUGAAUCAGCGCUGCUUCAGAGCUCUGACAUUAAGAGACAUGAUUUACAUGAGAACUUCCUGCUAAUAGUUAAAGUUACUUAAAGUGCUAAAAAAUAUUCUCCAGAUGACAGAGUUGGAUUAUAGUGGACAGACCUGAAACAAAUAUACACAACAACCCAUGUAAUUGCUUUUAAAUGUGCUGGUGUAGCUUAACUUCAGUGUGUUUUCUUGUUUUUCAUGUGAUUUUGCAUUGAUCAUCUGGUUACAUAAAUUAUUCCUGUUAGUUCAGAUCUGUUUAGCUUUCCUUCUGUUUGAAGAUGCUCCAGAGAAGAGUUAUCAGUAAAGAGCAAGUUGCCAAUUUUUAAAAUUAUCUGUUACAGAACCUGCCUCUCUGCUUUGCCAAGAUGAUGACUCACGCACACUAUAAGAAAUAUUAAUCUUGAAGUCUUUUAUUUCAGUAAAUUGUCUCCUUUGAAAAGUGCAUGAGUUGAAGGUAAAUGCGACUUUUAAAACUGAUUUAAAUGACUUGUUAAGAUGGAUUUUCUUUGCAGUGUAUUCUGUUAAAAGCCUCACAUCAGUUUCUUACAGACUGGUGGAUCAAAAAGGUUGACGUACUUUUCUUUUGGGUGCCAAUAGGUAGUGCAGCACAUCAAAGAGCCAGCCACUGCUGCUGAGGCUGGAGGACAGUAGAGUACUUAUAGCUUUAUUUAGGUCCUGGGCCUAGCUGAUGUAGAUUGUUAAAAGGGAUCAGAUGUGGAAGAUUAUGGUGAAUUAAUUGAAAGCUUUUUUUUUUUUUUUUUUGUUUUGUUUUUUUGGUUUUGUUGUAUAUGUUUGGUUAUCAAUAAAGCAUUCCUUUAAA